AUGACUCCAACCUAAGCGUAUGUAAACUUCCGACUUCAACUGUACAUACAUAUAUUCACACACACUAAUGUAUGUGGACACUCUAAAUUAAUCGAUUCGGCUAUUUCAGCCAUACCCGUUGUUGAGAGGUGUAUAAAAUGCAAUCUCCGUAGACAAACAUUGUCAGUGACUUUCAAUGUGGCACCGUCAUAGGAUGCCACCUUUUCAACAAGUCAGUUCGUCAAAUUUCCACCCAACUCAGUUGGAGUGACUUAAAUUUUUUUAAUGAAAUUGUAAAUUCAGCAAGAUUAACGUCACCCCAAAAAUGUGGUGACAUAAAGUGGUUUCUGUGCCAACGCUAGUCUCAUUUGGUUGUGUGCAUGCGGCUAUUCAAAACAGGUGCCCAUCCACCAUCUUCACUGGAAUGGUUUGUGUCAUCAUGAGUAAUAAAACAUGCAAAUGCAUGAAAACCUAUGUUUUGCCCUUCAUAAGCUGAUAGCUGGGGGUUUUCUCCCACUGGGUGGCAUUGAAUAGAGGUCCAUUCAACAUGUUAGCUUGAAGAACCUUAGGUCUUUUUCCAUCUUGGAGCUUCUAAGCAUUCUCUUCUUAAUCAAUGGAGCAACACUGAAACUAGAAUGGAAAUGGAGGAGAGUUUUUCUGCUCAGGACCCAGAGUUCCUUUCAUCAGCUGGAUCAGGGGUAGACCUGCAGCCUGACACAGAGCAGGUAGAGACAAUUUCUGAAGCCUCAGAGCAGCUCUCCAUAGAGGCUGCGAGCGUCUCCUCCGAGCCCAACCAGGUCUCCGCCGAUCUGGGUAGGGUGUACUCUCAGCUGGCCUUCAUCACCUUCCGGAGGCAGCUGCUCCACAACCGGCGGAUCAUGCUGCUGAAGAUGCAGCAGUUCAGAAAUAAGAGAAAAGACAGGGAAGCUCUGUCCCCUACAGUCUCUUUCCCAGAGGAGUCCGAGCCUACAGAGCUGGAGGCCAUAGAACAGGAGCUACAUGAUCUGGUGGAAAGAGAACAGGAGCUACUACAGAUACAGACAGACAACAACAUUGGACCGGAUCACAAACCACUGUCAGACUAUACAGAGGAACUCAUUUCCCCCUAUCAAGGAGUGUAUGUCCUACCGAGUAACACACCAGAGAACAUGAAACAAUAUACACAGACUACACCUCCUGCUGCGCCAGAGGACAUAGUGGAGGUGGAGAAGCUCAAUAGUGACCCAGCGAUCGUCCAAUGCCCUAUCUGCGAGCAGGUCAUCACCACGGAAACGUAUCGCAAAAUAGGAGGGGCAGCCUGGAUGCUAUGCCUUGUGUCCAGCAUGUUAGGGUGUGUGGCUGGGUGCUGUCUCAUCCCCUUCUGCUUGGACAACCUAAAGGACGUCAGACAUCGAUGCCCUGAGUGUCACAGCAACAUCUACACCGCAGAACGGAUGUGAAGACAGAAUGGUACUUCUACAGAUACCAUAUCACUGGCUACUGUUUCUUUGAUAUUGGAUGGAGAGGGACAGUGAAUAGAGUGGUUGGAUGGGCGUUAUGCCCUCUGAACUGUGGGACAUUAGAAGGCGAGAGACUGGACAGCUCUAAUGACACCUGGUGGCAGAUGCCGUACAGUACUGUGUUAUGAUCACAGUUUGAGGGGAUGGAUAUUGACUGUUGUUGGGGUGAUAGUUUUUCUUGAAAAAGUUGGGAGGAUGAUCCUAAGAAGCACUAUGAAUCUCGAGCAGUGUCCAGCUGUGACAGCAUUUGGUUCUAUCAACAGUGCAGAAUCCAACAGAACCUGAGAAGACUUUCUGACCAAAAUGAUGGACUGGAAUAAUACUGAAAGAAUAUAGCAUUCCUUGCUUCAUUAUCUGUAGAACAUAUGUUUGUAUAUUCUAAGAGAAAAUGUUUCUACUCAACAGAGACCGUAUGAGAACAUGAUCAUUGAAGCCUAAUCAACACAUUGGUCAUGCAAAUGUCAAAGGGAAAGCAGGUGAUGCAUUGAUAGUAAGCCAUUUACCACACAACCACCUAGGAUUUAGGAAAAUGAAGACAAACAUUUACCAGCAAGCAACAAUAGCCUGUAUAUUCUACUUCCCUCUUUCUUUACAGUGACAAAGGUCAACGUAAGUGAAUUAACCUGGCAAAGGUUGUGAACUGUAAUUUUCUA